CACUUGUCUUCUGUCGUUCGCGCAUCUCGUCGUUUCCGGCUUGGUUUGAAUCCGCAGCAUGGACGCUCAGGGAGCGCUGGGUAUUGAACCAAUGGCACUGGGCUCCCCCACCUCCCCAAAGCCUGGCCCUGGGGCUCAGUUCCUGCCUGGGUUCCUGAUGGGGGACCUGCCAGCCCCCACCACCCCCCAGCCCAGGACCAUCAGCCUGACCGGAGGAGGUGCUGAGAUGAGGUCUCCUCUUCUGGCAGGUGGUUCUCCUCCUCAGCCUGUGGUUCCCACACCCAAAGACAAGAGCGGCGCUCCUCCAGUCAGGAGCAUCUAUGAUGACCUGUCCAGUCCAGUGAUCGGAAUGUCUCCUCUGGCAUCACGAAAACAGCCUUUUUCAGUGCUGCAGACUCCACUGGCUGGUGUGACAGGAACCCCAGGCACAGCUGCCAGCAUGUUCAGCCCUGCGGGUUUGGGUCAGCAGAGGAAGAGCACCCUCUCACCUGCACAGGUAGAUCCUUUCUUCACUCAGGGAGACGCCCUGUCCUCAGAAGAUCAGCUGGACGAGACCUGGGUCACAGUGUUUGGGUUCCCUCCAGCUUCAGCCUCCUACAUCCUCCUGCAGUUUGCACAGUACGGAAACAUACUCAAACAUGUAAUGUCUAAUGCAGGAAACUGGAUGCACAUCCAGUAUCAGUCUAAACUGCAGGCGAGGAAGGCCCUCAGUAAAGAUGGGAAAAUCUUCGGAGAGGCUAUUAUGAUCGGUGUUAAACCUUGUAUUGAUAAGAGUGUCAUGGAGAGCUCAGAGAAAUGCGGCAGCGUCAGUGGGGUCUUCACUCCUCCGGUCAGGGCUAACAACACCCCGGGUCAGUCUGUGUCCACUCCUCGGUCGGCCAUGAGGCCACUCAGUGCUGCUUACAAAGCCUCAGGCAGCGAAUACCAGGUGGUGUCAGACAGAGAUACUCCAAGAAAAGAUGACAGUUUUGUGUCCAAAGCGAUGGAGUACAUGUUCGGCUGGUGAUGUCCUGCUGUAAAAGCCCUGAAGCCCACAUGCUGCUGUGAACCAGAUGUUAACCAGGUAUUCCUGAGCACUUUAAUGAUGGAGCCUGCCGAAAUGAGUGGAUUGGGCUGUGCGCUACAAUAGACUGUUUCACAUGGACUGCAUCUCUCUGGAGUGUAUAGUUUGAAAUGAUCUGGUCAGAAUGGUCUCAAUACCAAAACUCUACAGUGGAAUAUUCAUGUCAAUGACUAGAAAGUUGUGUAGGAGUGUGGCUGAUCUGUGAGUUUGAAAAUCAAGGUUUUCCUUCAAGAAAAUGAAUAUUUGGCAACAUUUGCAUGAGUUUAGCUGUACUGAUGGUCCAUGAGUGGAAAUCUCUGCCUUCCUAACAUUACAGCCUUAUAGGAGUAUUCCAGCAUUUUUCACCUGAUCUCUGUCUGCUGUAUUCAUCCGUCGAUGAGCCAGACAGUAGUUUCUACAGGUUUUCCUGAACUUGGAAAAGAACAGAAAACCUGUUUAUUUAAAAAUCACUAAUAAUAGAAGCCAAUGAGAAGUUGCUGAGUUCUGUGAAUGUUGGGAAUGUUGCACGAAAACAACGUUGAAAGAAAGUUUUAUUGAAAUUUACAACAAUAGAGCAACAGCGGGGGAAAAAAAGUUGUUCUGGUGACUUUUCCUGAGGUUUUCUGGUAUCAGUGGCAAUCAGGUAGAGCCUUUGUGAACUCCUCCCACACCACUACACUGCUAAUCAACAGUUCUUCCCUCUGGAAAAGUAGUCCCAUCUCUAAAAAAAAUAAAAAUAACUAAACAGAUUUACAGCUUAAUUUACAAACACAUUUAACUGAAGAGCUGCACAGAAGUAAUAGUAUAACGGAACUCAGCAGCAGCCCAUUGACGUCUGUUUCAAAUCAACAGAUUUUCAAGUAAUGAAGUUUAAAAAAACGCUGGAAUUUUCCUUUAAACUCUGCCGUCUUUCGGGGUGCUUAACAUCUCUUUAAUAGAAAUAUAUUCAAUCAUUCUGGUUUGCACUUGGCUGUUUGAUACUGAUGGUUUUAAUAAGACGAAAAGCCAACUUUUUAAAAACGUCUGCUCAAAAAUGCAUCUGCAUUCGGAAACACUUGAUUUUAAAGUAAUCGUCCUGUUUGGUGAAACUGGUCAAACUCUAGUGGCCUCCUUUGUUUCCUUCUCUUUUUCACAUUUUGUAUCUGCUCUCUUCUGUAUUUCUAAUCAAGUUGUGUAAAUAAAUAUUUCUUUCUCUAA